AUGAUCACGCAAGCAACUCUAUCAUCGGAAUCGUCAUCCUCACAACAACAAGAGGAGGAUUCAUUGAUUGCCAGUGUUGAACAACAAUUAUCCAAUUUAACGAUCCAUACUCACACUCUUUCCGAGCAGGAAGAACAACUCGUUGAGCUCUCUCAGAAACAAUACUUGGCAAACAAAUUUGAAGGUGCUUCUCCCAACGUCAAAUGGAAAGCUAUUUAUCACGAACAAGUGCUUGAAGAAUUUCCAACACGAUACAUUCCUCUGGAAUAUCUUGAUGAGUACACUCCUGUGAUCGAGGAUAAUUCACAUCUCGUGCCACAACGUUCGCAAAGAUGGCGUGAAUUACGACAAAAUCGAUUGACAGCCUCUAACAUUAGUCGAGCUUUGGGAUUUUUCAAUCCAAAGGCUGCAAAAAAACUUGGUCUUUCAUUCUCUCAAAAUUCAAACGAGUUAACCACAGGGGAAAUGUACAAAUCAUUAUUGAGUCGAGAAGAAUUGAGAACACUGUUCAAGAUGAGUGACGAAGAUAUUGAGAAAUUAAAAAAUCCAACAUUGAGUGAGGAGUCCUAUGAUGAGAUUGUGAAGAGAGUGUUUACAGAGUGGGGAAGUUUACACGAAUUGAAUUGUGUUAGCACAUUGUUGGAGAGUGACUUGUUGGAUAAGGAUGUAACAUUUUGUGAGACUGGUUUUUAUGUCAUUACAGAAAAGCGGCUAUUGAAAGUCUUUACACAACAAGAAUUGGAAGAAUAUCAAUUGAGCUUUGAGAAGAUACCUCCUUUGGGUGCUUCGCCUGAUGGUCUUUUGAAGAAAUUGAGCAAUUCCAAUGGUUCUAAGAAUGAUCCAUCAGAGACAUCCACAGAAGCAGAGGAAUACUUUUCGUGUGUUGAAAUCAAAUGCCCCACUUGCUUUGUUCCAAAAUAUGUGAAAAAAGGAACACCCAUCCCAGCUAAACCUACGUUUAGUUACAUUUCCAAGAAACCACACGAUGCUGUUCCCGUCUAUUACUUGACUCAAAUGUACACACAAAUGAUAGCAACAAACACUCGUCAAUGUUAUUAUUGCAGCUGGACCGCUACAAAGGGCUGUCGUGUAUUUAAGGUUGAAUUUGACAAAAAGUAUGCUCUCGAAAUGUUGUUUUGGUUGAGCAAGUAUUAUCAAGUUGUAAAAUACAAGGGAGUGGAUAUUGCAGACGAUUACUUUAUCACGUCUGAGAGAUAUUUGAAAUUCUUGGACUGGAGUUUACAAAUUGUGAGCAGCAUUCCAAUGGAGAUGGAGAUUCCAAAGAGUAAGGUCCAUGAAGGACAAGACCCAGAGAGGAAACAUAUGUUUAACAAUUAA